AUGCCGACAGCUAGUUCUGCAGCAUAUGGCGUAUAUGUCCCUAGACCCAUAACUCGACAAAUUACCUACAUUAGUGUACGUCCAAAAGUAGACUCGUAUGCUCAGGCACCUUUGGCUGUAGCACCACCCACACAAUGGGCUGCAGCAACAUUCACGCAAUGGGCUCCACCACCAUACGGACAAUGGAUUCCACCACCAUCUCAACAAUGGGUUUCACCAUCAUCUAUACAACUGGAAUCUUCUUCGUCACUAACACCGUCUUUGACGAAUGAGGAAACAUUGGUCAACAAGAAUGAAGAUCCAGAAGAAGAAAAAUCAUGUUGCAGAAAAAGAUGUGGAUUUUACUUUUGGUUUCCAUGCUGCUGUGCUCUUUUGUCAUUAUUAGUAGGAGCUGGCAUCGCAGCUGCAGUUUUGCUUACACAACCACAAGCUACCACAUCAACAACUGUAACUACGACACUUGCAACUACGACAGUUGCAACCACGACCACUAUAACCACGACACUUGCAACUACAACCAUUGCAACCACGACAGUUGCAACCACGACCACUGUAACCACAACCAUUGCAACGACGACAACUGUAACAACAACUCUAGCUACAACAGUUUUACCCACGACAACUGUUGCCGUGCCAACUGCUGUUUUGAACAACACCUGCACAGCAAUAAUGAGCGGCUCAACCACCGUUUUGCUGUACCUUCAAGAUGCGUCUUCAUUUUCUUAUACAUACUAUACAUAUCCAUUUGUUGCUACAGCAACUACAACAACAAUGAUGCUGGCUCUUCGUCAAGAUCCUAACUAUUAUUGUCUAGAUGAUGUUUCAGUCACGUACAACGGGGCAGAGCUGUGGCAAGAUGGUGGUUUUGAAUCGAGUCCACUAACUUCCUAUUAUACUUACUGUAAUCCAAAUGGAGCUAGUGCUAGCGGUACUAUAUCAACUUCAUGUGUUCAUUCAGGCAGCUAUAGUUUCUACGAUGGCUCAGUAACAUAUUCGGAUUAUCUCAGCCAAUCAUUUGCAACAGUAAUUGGUGGAAGCUAUAACAUCAGUUUUUGGUUAGCCAACAAUGGUGGCUCUCCGAAUAGUGCCCUAGUGAUCAUUGGCUGA